UAUGUUAUGAUCGAUUUGAAAAACCCCAUAAAAAACUUGAUGGGGCAUUAGCAAUUCCAUAUGAUCUCAAAAAUAUAAAAAGCUUUGGGAACAUUGAAAAAGAAAUUUUAUCACGCUCACUUCCUGAGCAUUGGGGAAAGAUUAAAUUAGGUCAGAUUUGUUAUCAAAUUUCAAAUACAACCAAAGCAGAUCAUUAUGAUUUGAAAUCAGAUGGGGCUAUUACUGCAUUUAUUUCUGAAGUCAAAUAUAAAAAAAAUCUCCAAUUGUGCAUUUAUCAAGAAAACAAUGAAUCCAUUAGAGCUAGCAAAAGAGUUCGUACACUUGAAAUGGAAUCUGACGCAAUUAAUACAUUGAAUAAUAUCAAAAAAAAGAUUUAUAAAAAUCUUCCAUCGUGUGAAAUACAUAUUCAAGGUGUUGAUGAAAAAACACCUCCAAAUAUUCCAUCGUUUGACAAAAAUAAAUAUCAAUACCCAAUUUCUAAACAAUUUUCAAAUGAAG